AUGAAGAGGGCCAUCACGCUUGUAGUUCUUGCUGCCUUCUUCCUGGCCUAUAUUCACGCUGCUCUUCUGCCCCCCUUCCCCGCCCCCGCCGUCUUCUGGUCGGGAGAAAGAUACUUCUCCUCAAAGCAAGAGCAGUGCCUCACUACUGUAUCCGAGGUCGAGAUUGGCGACUUUGUUUCCUCUCUUUCCGGAUCUGCCGCCAAGAGCGUGCUGUCGGGUUUCGUCAACCCCAACGCUCAGCACCCCGAGGUGGUCGUCAUCUUCGUUGAGCAGGAGGCUCAGCCCGCCCGCGAGGCUUACUCUUUCCUUCAGACCUUCCUCGACUCUGCCUCAUCGUCGCUGGUUGUCCCUUAUGCCUACCCCAGCGCGUCUGUUAGCGAUGCCAUCCUCAACAAGGUGGCCCAGCCUGCCAUUCUUUCGGCCCUCUCUUCCGAUGAAGCCGUUCUGAACUAUUUCAAGAACCACCGUGCCAUUCUCUCCGACGGUAAGACCGACGUCGUUGUCGUCCAGGUCGCCAGCGGUGAUGCCUCCUUGAUCGCUGAGGUUGAGCAGCUCCUCUCUGGCAGCAGCUUCGUUCUUGGCUACACUGCUGAUGCCAGCUUCCGUGCUGCUGAGAAGUCGACCAGGAUGAUGGCCCUUGGUGCCAUUGAUGCCGACUUGGUGGUUGAGCACACCUACGGCGGCGAGUACUGGCCCGCUGACGUGUGGUCUGGCAUCGUCAUCUCCGUCACUCUUCUCCUCCUGCUCGCCAUCGCCAUCGGCUGCAUGUUCGAGCUGCAGACCCCGACGAGGUGGGAGAAGCCCAAGCGCGCCGUCAGCAACUAA